GCAGAGAAGCGAUAAUAAUUGGCUAAGCCGUGGUCACGUGAGCGUGUCUCGGCCAAUCGCGUGCUCUGGUGUGGAGCGGCUUGUCCCUGGGAUAGCUGCAGUACAGUUUGCGGUUAGCUGAACAGAUAGAAACAUACCCCGCUGUUACCGACGAGAGCAUCACUUCCAGCUGCCUGCACUGAGUUCAACUGUGUCAUUUCCAGACUGAAGGACCUCAGUUUCAGCUAUGGUUCCUCCGCUCCGUCAUCGCUCCUUGCGUAUCUUUGUGAAUGAUGACCGCCAUGUUAUGACCAAGCACUCCGCUAUCUACCCCACGCAAGAGGAGCUGGAGGCUGUGCAGAAUAUGGUCUCCCACACUGAGCGUGCCCUCAAGGCUGUGUCUGAUUGGCUGGAUGAGCAGGAGAGGGUAUCUGUGAAAGCGAAUCCUGUUGAGUCUGAAGGAGAUGGCGAUAAAGAGGGUGAGCCCAAAUCAAUAGAGCAGACGACACGCUCCCUGCGUGGGGUGAUGAGGGUGGGCCUGGUGGCCAAAGGCCUGCUGCUGAAGGGGGAUUUGGAUCUGGAGCUAGUGCUGCUUUGUAAGGACAAACCCACAGCCACACUGCUAAAAAAAGUAGCCGAGAAUCUCAAUUUGCAGCUCAAGCUCAUCACUGAGGAUAAGUAUGAGGUGAUGCAGUUUAUCCGUGACGCCUGCAUCAUGAUCAAAAACACCAAGCAGCCCUCUCUUAAUCUCACCAUUCACCUGACGUCACCUGUUGUCCGAGAGGAGGCUGAGAAGCAAGCCACCGGAGAAACGCUAUCAGUCAACGAUCCCCCGGAUGUACUGGACAGGCAGAAAUGCCUGGCUGCCUUGGCGUCUCUUCGCCACGCCAAGUGGUUCCAGGCCAGGGCCAAUGGGUUGCGUUCGUGUGUGAUUGUCAUCCGGAUCCUGAGGGAUCUCUGCUCCCGUGUUCCCACUUGGGCCCCGCUUAAAGGAUGGCCUCUUGAGCUUUUGUGCGAGAAAUCAAUUGGCACAGGGAACCGGCCUAUGGGAGCAGGGGAAGCUCUUCGAAGAGUUCUGGAGUGUUUGGCUUCUGGAAUCCUGAUGGCAGAUGGUUCCGGCAUCUCUGAUCCCUGUGAGAAAGAGCCGACUGAUGCCAUUGGUCACAUGGACAUCCAACAACGAGAGGACAUCACCCAGAGUGCUCAGCAUGCGCUGAGGCUUUCUGCUUUUGGGCAACUUCACAAAGUACUUGGAAUGGACCCUCUUCCUUCUAAAAUGCCCAGGAAACCUAAGAGUGAAACCCCCAUCGACUACACAGUUCAGAUUCCUCCAAGCACAACCUAUGCUCCCCCCAUGAAACGGCCUAUUGAAGAGGAGGAGGGUGCUGAUGACAAGAGCCCUAACAAGAAGAAGAAGAAACUUCAAAAGAAAUCUCCAGAUGAAAAGUCAGAGCCUCCUCAGGCCAUGAAUGCUCUGAUGCGGCUGAACCAGCUAAAGCCCGGGCUCCAAUAUAAGCUCAUUUCUCAGACUGGACCUGUUCACGUGCCGGUCUUCACCAUGGCCGUGGAGGUCGACGGCAAGACCUUUGAAGCAUCUGGUCCCUCUAAACGUACUGCCAAACUACAUGUAGCAGUUAAGGUUUUGCAAGACAUGGGCCUUCCAACAGGGGUGGAGCAAAAGGUUGCUGAACCAGCAAAAGUAGAGGUGGUGCCGCCCACUGUAGAGACAGAGGUGAAGACUGCAGUCCCGCCAGUUGAACCAGAGGCUUCACUUGAUGUUACCACGAACUCUGAGGUUACUGAGAGCACUGAGAGCGCACGGCACCAGGGCCCUAUUUUGACGAAACAUGGCAAGAACCCAGUUAUGGAGCUCAAUGAGAAACGUAGAGGCCUCAAAUAUGAACUCAUCUCUGAGACGGGCGGCAGCCAUGACAAACGCUUUGUCAUGGAGGUAGAGAUAGAUGGACAGAAGUUCCAGGGUACAGGCUCCAACAAGAAGGUGGCAAAGGCAUAUGCAGCUCUGCAUGCUCUGGAGAAACUAUUCCCAGAUGGCUCCAACUCUGAGGCGGCCAAGAAGAAGAAAGCAGUGCACACUCCUGGGUUUGAAAUGAUGAGUGGACCACCUGCUGAUCCAGCAGCCAAUCCCAGAGGCAGAGGACGAGGGCGGGGUAGAGGCCGGGGGAGAGGCUUUAAUAAUGGCGGAGGAUAUAAUCAAGGUGCCUAUGGAAGUUAUGGAUAUGGGAACAAUGCUAACUCUGUCUACAAUUACUUCAAUAAUGGUGGAGCUAAUGGAGGAUCUACAGGAAUGAAUCCUGGAGCAGGUCCAGCAGCCAGUGCCUCAGCAGGAGGUCCUCCGGGAACAGGUGGCUUUGCCUCGUAUUACCAGAAUGACGGAGGUUACUCCACCCCAGGUGCAGUGGGCAAAGCCCCUGGGAAGAAGGUGCCAAUGCACCAGGGAACUAAACCUCCAGGCACAGGAGCAGCUCCUGGAACCUACCAGAGUCCCUCAGGCCCGGGCCAAAGUUCCUAUGGCCAGUAUGGGCAGGGAUACGGCCAGGGCAAGAAGAACUUUGGCCAAACUCAAGGUGGAGGCACAGGUGGCGGUUACAGCAACUAUAGCACAGCUUACCCAUCCCAGGUGACAGGAGGUCCAGGGUCUCAGGACUAUGGCUACGAGGGUUAUAGCAACCCGUCAAACUACGGUGCACAAGGAGCCAAUCAGAGUUAUGGCACCAACCCUGGACAAUACCAUAAUCCCGGAGCGGGCUAUGGCCGUGGUGACGGCAGCAUGAACUACCAGUACAGAUAGACUGAACCUGACCCUCACAUGCUCCUUGUCACCGUCGGCGUUUUUGCUUGUACACUUUUUCCGAAGUAGCAGCAACAAAUUUGUACUUGCUCAACUGUUCACACCAAAACCUUAGUAGUUCUCUGAGCUUAGGAAAAGAAGUACUUGUGUUUUUUCAAGUUUUGUGGUGGUGUGUUCCAUGUUGUGUUCAGUAUGUGCUUUUGUUUUUGCUUUCUUUCCCAUUCUCAGACUACUUCCUGAUGGGAGAGAGCCACCACAGUCACAUGCAUGUUUAUGACUUGAUUUUGAAUUUGACUCAGCAUUUCCAUUUUUUCAUUACAUUUCUCAGCUGGUUACUUCAUCAUUGAAAGUUAGCACACUCAGUGUUUUUGUUUUAUUUUAUUUUAUUUUUUAUUUUAUUUUUUUCCCAUUUUUUUAAAAAAUAAAGUUUUAUUUAAAAGUUUUCAUUUUUAGCCCCCCUCCUUAAGAUGUCUGUUAUUAUAAUAUCUUUUAUUACAGUUACUUUGGAUAAAGUUCUGAAAUGUGAAGUGUAAAUUCAGCUUGCAAUAGCAGUUAGUGUGUUUUGGGAAAAUUCUAUUUUUAGGAACAAUGUGUCACCGUAUGUUGUAAGUUCUCAUUUUGUAAGGAAAGAAGUGAUGUCACUGGACUGUCUGGCUUUUGUGUCCUUAAUAUAAUACUCUUUACCUGUCCUAACUAUUAUCGCUUUAAUUUUCUUUGUAGUGCUUUUGACUACAGCUGAUACCUUAUUGGGAAAGGUGAACAUAACUAUGGUAUGAAAAAUACUUUAGAAACCUUUUAGAAAGAAACCAAGAAGAAAAGAGAUUCAAAAAGAGGAACAAUAUUAUGCAGGUGGUUUUAAUGUUAUGGCUGUUUGGUGUACAAUUAAUAGUAAUUGAUAAAUUACAUCAGCUAACAGGUGUGUGCACAUUUAUUUAAAUCCCAUUUGUGCCUGCUCCUGAAGGAUUUCUGUCCAAUCCUGCUUAGUCCUGUAGAAAGUUUGGGGGGUUUGUGACCAAAUGUUUACAAAAUUGAUAUUGGAAUCAAAAUGUAAUUAAUGUAAUGGAAUAAUGAAGAAACAAUCUGCUGAGAGAUAGAGAAAAUGCCCAGCGGGGAAUUUUAUAUUAGUACUUAAUAGGGCAACAUGUGCCAAGCUAAAGAAUGCCAAGCUGGGACAAUUCACAAGGCAUGGGUGCUUAGUAAGGUGCGUGUAUUAUUCCUAGCCUGGUAGGAGGAACCACUUUGCAUUUCCUUAAUCAAGCACUGGGAGAAAAUGGAAGGUAUUUAUGCUGGUGAUACGGAAAGCACUUGUUGAGGAUGGUAGGUGAAAAUCUGGAAGGGGGACUCAUUAACAUUACAAUAAAAUUGAUGCAUCCUUGCUUGAAUAAAUGGAGUAAAAGUCACUUCGGACUAAUCAGCAAGGAUCAACCCCACAGUUGUCAGUGUUAAUGCUAGAAUCUGCUGUUUGAUAGUUAUAUUUAAUCAGUUACUACUAAUUGUACAUCUAUCAACCAUAACAUUAAAACCACAUGCUUAAUAUUGUGUAGGUCCACCUUGUGCCACCAAAACAGCUCAAGACCUUAGCAGCAGAUCCUUUAUGUUGUGAGGUGGGGCCUCCAUGGAUCAAAUUUGUUUGUCCAGCACUUCCCACAGAUGCUCCAUCGGAUUGAGGUCUGGAGGCCAAGUCAACACCUUUAACACUUUGUCAUGUUCCUCAAACCAUUCCUGAGCAAUGUCUGCAGUGUAGCAGGGUGCAUUAUCCUGCUGAAAGAGGCCACUGCCAUUAGGUAGUAGUGGUGCCAUGAAGGGGUGUACUGGAUCUGCAACAAUGUUUAGUUAGGUGCUAUGUGUCAAAAUAACAUCCACAUGAAUGCCAGGACCCAAGUUUUCCCAGCAGAACAUAGAGCCCAGUGCAUCACACUGCCUCACCCGACUGGCCGCCUUCCCAUAGUCCAUCCUGGUGCCAUCUUUUCCCCAGGUAAGUGACGCACCCGGCCGUCCACAUGAUGUCAAAGAAAACA